AUGCCGGGCAACAACAUACUCAUAUAUCUUUUCCGGCAUGACCUGCGCGUGUCAGAUAACCCCAUCCUGCACCAUCUCAGCAGCUCGUCUGAGCACGGCUUCACGCACAUCUUGCCCUUGGUGGUUCUUGCGCCACAACACCUCGAGGUUUCGGGGUUCUUGAAAGAUGGCAAGACUUCGCCAUAUCCGCCGGCGAAGAAUGAGUUGUCCGGGUUAUGGAAAUGCGGCCCACACCGGGCCAAGUUCAUUGGAGAGUCGAUUAUGAAUCUUAGGCAUAAUAUGGACAAGGCUGGCAGUCCAUUAAUUAUUAAAGUUGGAAAGCCUUCUCAGAUUGUGGAGGAAAUACAACAACGACUCGAACAAGAGAAAAAGCAUGUGGGCGCGGUAUGGACGAUAGACGAGGAGGGCACUGAGGAAAAGGAUGAGGAGAAGAGCCUGGCAGACGUAUGUGCUAAGAACAACAUCAGCUUCAAGUUGUGGACCGACGAGAAAUACUUUAUCGACGAUCGCGAUCUGAAUUUCAAAGACCCGCAGGACUUGCCCGACGUUUUUACGACAUAUCGAAAAAUGAUGGAACCACUACGCGAGAAACCGCGAGCGCCGCUGCCACAUCUUGAGCAGUCUUCGUUACCCCAAAAUAUCGACCAAACUCUUUUGAAGAAUGUCGGCGACUCCUUCCAGAUCCCGGACUCCGAGGACGACUUCUUAGGCAGGCUUUUGGCUCCCGUCAAAGACUUCAUGCCCAAUCUUCCACCAUAUCCGGAGGGUGCCGAGACAGCGCAUCCUUUUAGCGGAGGCGAAACAGCUGGUCUAGAGCGACUGGACGCCUUGAUCAAGAAAGGACAUGCGAACACGUACAAGACCACUCGAAAUGGACUCCUUGGUGAAGAGUUUAGCACGAAGCUGUCAGCCUACCUUGCGCAAGGGUGCAUUACCGCUCGCCAGGUACAUGCGGCCCUCGUGGAGUUUGAAGAGGGCAACAACAAGGACUUUGCAACGGUUGAUGGUUAUGGAAAGGGGGAGAACGAAGGCACAAAGGGCAUCCGGUUCGAGCUGUUGUGGCGAGACUACAUGCGUCUGUGCAACCGCAAGUUCAAGCAGAGGCUUUUCUACCGCUCUGGGUUCCGGAAUGCGUACGACAACAAAUGGAAAUCGCCCCACGCCACUGACGCCAAUGGCGAGCAGAAGGAAUCCCCUGAAGCUGUCAACAACACUCUGAAACGACUGUUUGAUGGCACCACGGGAAUGGGCUUCAUCGACGCCUCCCAGCGAGAGUUGAUACACACGGGGUACACUUCGAACAGGGCCCGACAAAACGUCGCCAGCUUUCUCGCAAAGCACCUCAGCAUUGAUUGGCGAUUUGGCGCCGAGUAUUAUGAGAUGUUGCUCGUGGACUAUGACGUCUCGUCGAAUUGGGCGAACUGGCAGUAUGUGGCAGGAGUUGGAAAUGAUCCCCGAGGCGAGGCUCGCAUCUUCAACCCGGUGAAGCAAGCCUUUGACUACGACAAGGAUGGCAGCUAUGUCCGCACCUGGGUUCCCGAGGUCCAAAAGCUUGAGCAGCUGGAAAACGUCUUUCAAGCCUGGACCACACCUAAGGAGGACUGGGAUCGCUUUGGUCUGACGGGCUUGCAAAUGGCCGAGGACCCCGUUUUAAAGAUCAAUUUCUCAGUAGAGGGAAAGCCCAAGAACAACCGCCGACCUUUCAAUCGUCGCCGUGGCCAGGGGCGUGGAGGCGGGAAUGGCGGCAGCGGUGGUGGCGGUAACGGAGGUGGCAGCAACGCCAAUGGCCACGCCAGUGGGGGUGCCUCUGUGAAUGGGCAUUCACCAAAGCCGCAGUCCCAACCAGGCAAGCAGUCCCCGCAGCAGUCGUCUCGCCACAACGAAAAGCCACCAUAUUCCGCCCCCCCAUAUUCAUACCACGGCCCGGACCAACAACCAUACUAUCAAACACAAUUCGUCGGCCAGGGCAUGCUGCCUCCAAAUUACGGCCCGCAGCGCAGCUAUGUUCCGUAUUAUGGCAACGGUGACGAGAGGGGUGGCUACUACGCUGGCAUGCGUGGUGGCGGGAGGACAUAUAGAGGCCGAGGAAGUGGUUAUGGGGCUCACCCGUAUCGCGAGAACUACUAUGGGCCACCGGCUCAGAUGCCGCCGUGGCAGAGUCCGUACGGUUACAACGACACGCAGAUGCCGAUGCCUCCGUGGUGA